AUGGAGGAUGGCUUUGCACCUGAACAACCUACUGAACAUGUCGGAAACGAGAAAGAGGUCGAAUCAGAACUGGGCCCGUCUGGCUCCAUCCACGAAAGCGAAGAAGAUUCCAUCUCUGUACACUCACAUGCCUCAACAGCGCCGACCAUCGCCCAGGAUGAGAAGAAUGGCACCCACCCUGCUGUGCUGACUCGAACGACUUCCGUUACCCCGGAAGCUGUUGUCGUACCCCGUUCGCAGCGUCGUGGCCUCCUUGCACGCUUCGCCUUGAUUCCUGAAGUUAAGAACCCCUAUCAUUACUCACGAAAAACGAAAUGGCUCCUGACCUUCAUCGUUGCCUUCUGCGCCAUGGCUGGGCCUAUGGGUAGUGCCAUCGUUAUGCCUGUGCUGCAGGAUAUAUCGAUUGCGUUCAAUACGAGGCACGAGAUCACCAACAUGAGCGUUGCCGUAUACAUGCUCAGCAUGGCUAUCUUCCCUUUAUGGUGGUCGAGUUUCAGUGAGCGGCUUGGGAGGCGUACCAUCUACAUUAUCAGCUUCAUCCUGUUCGUCGUAUUCGCCAUCUUAUCAGCCGUCUCUACCAACAUCGCCAUGCUCAUCAUCAUGCGUGUGUUUUCGGGUGGUGCAGCGGCAUCGGUGCAGGCAGUGGGUGCAGGAACGAUUGCAGACAUCUGGGAAGUGCGCGAGCGUGGCAAGGCCAUGGGCAUCUUCUAUCUCGGGCCUCUCUGCGGACCUCUCUUUGCUCCCAUCAUUGGCGGUGCGCUUGGCCAGGGGCUGGGAUGGAGAAGCACGCAGUGGUUUUUGGUCAUCUAUGGCUGCCUGACAGUCAUCUCUAUCAUCUUUGCUCUGCCCGAGACACUCGCGGGACCACCGGUAACUAAGCCGGAAGUCAGGCCAGACCUUGCUCGAACCACCACGCGCGCGUCCACUGUCGCCAAGACAAAGUCGACCCUGACCCAUCUCAACCAAAUCUUCAUACAGCCUCUCACCAUCCUCGCUUGGUUGCGUUUCCCGCCUGUUCUGCUCUCGGUAUACUAUGCCAGCAUCACGUUUGGUGCCUUGUACAUCCUCAACAUCUCGAUCCAAGCCACUUUCUCUACGCAACCUUACGGGUUCUCCACACUCAUUGUUGGACUACUGUACAUUCCAAACAGCGCUGGCUACCUUCUGGCGAGCAUCUUUGGCGGGCGCUGGAUAGACAACAUCAUGCACCGUGAGGCACGAAAGGCAGGCAGAUACGACGAGAAGGGUAAACUUGUGCUCAGACCAGAAGACCGUAUGCGAGAGAACGCAUGGAUUGCAGCCGCUCUAUGGCCUGGUGCGUUGAUAUGGUAUGGUUGGAGCGCUGAAAAAGGCGUCCUCUGGAUCUGUCCAAUGAUUGCGAAUUUCUUCUUCGGCGUCGGCUCCAUGCUGAUCUUCUCUCUUGUCUCCACUAUGCUAACGGAGUUUAUGCCAAAGCGUGCUGCUUCUGGCAUUGCUUUGAAUAACUUCCUCCGCAAUAUCUUCUCUUUUACCGGUGCUAUGGUCGCGGAACCUAUACUGAGUGCUAUUGGCAACGGCUGGCUGAUGACGAUUUUGGGUCUUUGGAGCAUCAUUACAGGUUUUAUGGCGCUGGGUGCUAUGCGGAAAUGGGGUGCACAGUGGCGGGUGAAGAUGGUGGAAGAACUGGGUUGA